ACAUAAGCGUGCAAGUCAGCUGCUGAUUCAGAGUUUAUUGAAUACCCUUCAUUGUUAUUUUUCCAGAUCUUACCCUCUCAUGCAUAGUUUGUCCUUUUUCCUCUCUCGUGCUCUCUCUUCGUACUGUAAAUUUUAAUCUCAGAUUUGCGAAUAUAUGUCUUGAACACUCUGUUCUCUUGCAGUCUGUCUCUUUCCCUUCCUUACUCUGUCCAUCGGACUGUCUCUUCUCUCACAUUCUGGCUCCCUGGAGAAUUACUGACACUAUCUGGUCUAGUGAAUAACCUUGUAAUGUCUCUUUCACUGUAAGACUGUCUCUUUCUCACUAUGGCCCUUUUGCUGUCAGUCUCUAUCACUGUCACUUCUGCCAAUCUAUCGCUCUCACAAUGCUGUUUAUUAAUUAAGCCCCAGAUUUAGAUGAGUUACAAUGGAAAUUGCAGACACCAUGACCGCAUAUCUCAGUUUAAGGUUUUUCCAAAUCUGCACUUUUAUCUUCCAUUCAGAUUUCUGUUAACAAUUUAAUGUUUAGUGAAUUAACCCUGGAUUCUCUUGCUUUCAGUCUCUCUGGCACAAACUUCCUCUCUGUCAAUCUCUCUCAAAAUUUCCCUCUUGUCAGUCUCUCACAAAGUCCCUCUCAGCCAGUCUGUCUAUCGAAUUGUCUGUCAGUCUGUCUCUCUCAGAAUGUCCCUCUGUCAGUCUGUGUCUAUCGAAAUGUCCCUCUCUGUCAGUCUGUCUAUUGAAAUGUCCCUUUCUGUCAGUCUGUCUAUUGAAAUGUCCCUCUGUCAGUCUGUGUCUCUCUCUCAGAAUGUCCCUCUCUGUCAGCCUCUCUCUCUCAGAAUGUCCCUCUCUGUCAGCCUGUCUCUCUCAGAAUGUCCCUCUUGCUGUCAGUCUGAUACUCUUGCAAGGUCCCUCUCGUUUUCACUGUCUCUCUCACAUUGAAUUGAAGUGAAAUAAAUACCAAAUUGCAAAACUGAGGCUAAAAUAGCCAGUAUAUGACUAGUGUUUAUUUUAGCUUAAUUUGAUAAAUUUGGAUGUUUCCAAAAUUGGUGAAUAGUCAUGUAAAUGUCUGGUGGGCAAUCGGUCAGUCUCUAACCGCACCUGUAACAUGUCCCAUCCUUUCUCUGUGUAACGUGUUCUCCUCCUUUCUCUGUGUUUUUCGUAAUUGUUUGUACUACAUGUCUCUCAUCUCUCACACACCUACUCCCUUCCUCUAUCACGAAAGUAUGGGUUUUUUUCUGGGUAUUUUUAAGCGUAUUCUCAAUGUGCUUUCAUUUUAAUCUGACAUUUUCAGAAGCCUUGGUCUCGUGACUUCCAGUUCAGGUUUGCAAACACCAAAACCACACGGGAAAGGUGAUCACGUCAUGGGAGGGUCCAGAGACUGCGCUGAGGUUAGAGGUAUUCAACUGGAACAGGGGGAGAGACGGAGAGGCACUGAGUGGGAGACAGGCACAAAGAAAGGGCAUCGAACAAGGGGCAGAUACAGACUGUGAGCUCAGCGAGACAGUCACACAUAUUGCAGGAGGGAAAUGAACAGACACAGAGAGUGAGCUCAGCGAGGCAGUCACACAUAUUGCAGGAGGGAAAGGAACAGGCACACAGAGUGAGCUCAGCGAGACAGUCACACAUAUUGCAGGAGGGAAAGGAACAGACACAGAGGGUUAGCUCAGCGAGACAGUCACACAUAUUGCAGGAGGGAAAGGAACAGACACAGAGGGUUUGCUCGGUGAGACAGUCAUUCAAACUGCAGGAGGGAAAGGAACGGACACCCUGGAUGUUUGGUAGAGCAGGAGUGAAUUGCCCAGAAUAUACUCACCGACAGAAACACACAGAAAGCGAUUAACAUCUGAUUUGGAUAAACGUGUGGAAGGAGGUGUACAAAAACUUAGCAAUCGGUAACAGAGACUGUGAAGUCUGGUGAAUAAUUUGUGGGCAACAGGACAUGCAACCAGAUUCUGAUAGCAACGAGCCUGGAUACAGUAGUUCUCCAUCUUCAUGUAACAGACAGGUAUGUUCCUGUUCUCACUUCCAGUGCAACAUGAUGACCGUCUGCUGACUAUGUGCAAUGUCACCGCUUGCAAAAUGUAUGUCAGCCCUGUGUGAUGUCAUAAUUCUAUCAUGUCGGUCUCGUCUUAUGUCAUGGCACUCUGUCAGUCUGCACUGAUGUCACUGCUUUUCUUUGUGAUGUCACAGCUGUGUGUGUCACAUUUGGCUGCAGGAUUCCUCCGAUGAUAUGAAGAAAGUUCAGAGGAGAGAGAAGAAUCGAAUUGCGGCUCAAAAAAGUCGCCAAAGACAGACACAGAAAGCAGACGCUCUGCACAUUGUGAGUACACCUGAAAUACUGUGCAAACACACACGCGAUUCUGCACGUGUCUGUAUUCUGUGCUAUGACUAGCACCGCUCUGCACAUUAAUAGUUCACUUAAAAUCUUAGUAACUGUGACUUGCCAUAGACUGCGCUUCCUCCCGCACUGGGUGAUUAAGAAAGUCCAUUGUCUCAGGAAACUAAUUGUCAGGUUACAGACCCCUUCUUCCUGUUACUGCUGGUUUGCUUUCUGCGGAAGGGAGGGCGAUCAGGGACUGCUGUUGUAAUAUGGUAACCAUAAACUGCAUAGUACACACCUUGCGCACACAGAUGGCUUAUUUAGAAGCUUAAUGUAACACCCUAAUAACGGCAUCACUCUCUGUUUUGAGUGAAUGAUUGUGUUACUGAAAUGUAUCUGUAAUUAUCUGAUUUAAAGCAACAAGUAUUUGUUUAACUUUUUAUUAAGACCAAUUUCUGUAACAAAAAAAAAAUAUAAAUAAAAUUAUAUAUAUAUCUAAAAACAGAGCACGAGAAAGAGCAAGCCAAAGGACUUAAAAUUUAAAGUCCUUUUGAGCCAGCCCCUUAACAUGAUUUGCAAUUGUAUGCCAUCGCAGACACGCCAGGGCAAAAUUUCUACUGGCUAGUGUACAUAUAAAUCCAUCCAAAGUAGGCAGGAGCACUCACGUGUUAAAAGUCCAAAAUUUAUUAUGACAUAGUAUAAAAACGAUCAACGUUUCAGUCCUGCAUAGAGGACUUUCAUCAGGAUCAAAACCAUUUCCUCUAUGCAGGACUGAAACGUUGAUCAUUUUUAUACUAUGUCAUAAUAAAUGUUGGACUUUUAACACGUGAGUGCUCCUGCCUACUUUGGAUGGAUGAAUAAUACUAGCCAUGGCAUGCUAGCACCCGACCUCUAUGGGCUAUUUAAACGUGAGUGCAGGAAUAAUUUCUAUUUUUUAUAUAUAUAUAUAUAUAUAUAUAUAUAUAUAUAUAUAUAUAUAUAUAUAUAUAUAUAUAUAUAAAAUUAUGUAUACACUCUUACACAGGGCAAGUCACCCCUGGUAAAUAUGCUAUGGCUUAAUGCCUAGAUAGAUAUCCUGCAGGGCUAAUCCUUCCCCCCCCCCCACCCGCUAACACCCUGGAGGGUAUACAGUGGCUUGCAGUGGUGGGUAACUUGUAAGGCCUGGCUAGUGGCAUAACCCUACAAAUGAAUGUAUAUCCGUGUUUAUAUGUAAUGUACUCUUGACAUGUUCUAAAUCUAUUCCCAGGAAAGCGAGAGUCUGGAGCGACUGAAUUCCACACUGCGCAGAGAGAUUCGCUUGCUGAGGGAGGAGCUAAAAUAUCUGACAUGUGUGUUGAGCACGCAUCAGUCUAUCUGUGUACUCAGUGCCACCAAACAGUCUGCCUUCCAACCACACGUAGCCUCUCCACGCUACCAGCAGUAAGCAUGCACAGAGACACUGCCCAUGGCACAAGGAGCCAGCACGGACCCAUUACAUUAAUCAGCCAAAGACUGUAAUUAUUAUUUUUCUAACUUUUUAAUGUAUUUUUAUUUUGUGUAAAUAAAGCAUAAGCUGCUUCAUA